AUGGCAAGCAAGAAGAAAGAAAUUCAGCUACAGGCAAUAAUACUCAAUCAAACUCAAUGGGAAGAUAUGUUGCUGAAUAAAGGUCUAACAGUAGUAGAUGUUUACCAGGCUUGGUGUGGGCCUUGCAAAGCUGUGGUGAACUUAUUCAGAAAAUUAAAAAAUGAAUAUGGUGAAGAUGAUCUUCUGCAUUUUGCUGUGGCUGAAGCUGAUAGCAUUGUACCUCUGCUCCCAUUUAAAGAUAAAUGUGAACCUGCUUUUGUCUUCUGUUUGAAUGGCAUGAUGAUAGAUCUGGUAAAAGGGGCAAAUGGACCUCUUCUAAGUAGAAAAAUUAUAGAGAUAAUAGAAAAAGAAAGAAAAAUUGUAGCAGGAGAAGUAGCAAGACCAGAGUUGCCAGAGCUUGUGAUUAUAGAAGAGAAAGAAUCAGAUGAAGAACUUGAAGAAGAAGAAGCUGAAGGCAAGUGGUAUUAGGAAAAAUAUACCGUUGUCAUUAUAAAACCUGAUGCAGUUGCUGAAGAAAAGGUUGAAGAAAUUAAACGAACGGUUACCGAAGCAGGCUUUGUCAUCCUUGCCGAAGAUGAGAAGACAUUAACUGAUGAACAAGUUAGAGAUUUUUAUUGCCAGAAAUCAGAAGAGCCUGACUUUGAAGACUUUGUUUCAUUUAUGCUAUCUGGACCAAGCUAUGUUCUGAUAGUAUCUGAAGGAAAGCAUGCGCAGGAGGUUAUGCCUCUUGUACAAGAAUUGGAAACAGUGAAAGAAGAGGAGGAGGAAGAGGAGCAAAAAGUGGGUGAAGAACCUCUACCUGAAGCAGAGAACGGAGCACUUCUGAGACCUAUUAGUGAAAAGCCAACCAGUGUGAAAGGGGCCUUGGAAAACCAGGAGAUGUCAAAUUUGUGUGAUGUUCAGGAUAGCGUAGAAGAAGCAAGCCGGCAACUCGCCUUCUUUUUUCCUAAUUUUGCCAAGGCGAAGAAAGGCCCAGCUGUUGAGAGAACUUUGGCCUUGAUUAGACCUUCCCUGUUACAGGAGAGAAGAAACUCUAUUCUGAAAAGGAUUGAGGACGAUGGCUUUGAAAUAGUAAUGCAGAGGGAAAUCGUCCUCUCUGAAGCGCAAGCACGAGUAUUUUACAAAGAGCAUGAAGGUCAAGAUUACUUCCCAGUGCUUCUAGAACAAAUGACCAGUGGGCCAACCCUUGCACUUGCUUUGGUACGAGAAAAUGCAAUACAAAAAUGGAGAAGUUUGCUGGGUCCAAAGAUAGUUCAGGAAGCAAAGGAACAAUGCCCAGCAAGUUUAAGAGCUGAGUUUGCAAUUGACAGCGCACCAAUCAAUCAGCUGCACGGCAGUACAACUGCUGAUCAAGCUGCAAAGGAAUUAGAAUUCUUCUUCCCAGUGGAAAACACUUUGGCUGUCAUUAAACCCUCUGCGCUUGAGCAACACAAAGAUGAAAUUCUAAAUGAAGUAAAAGAUGCUGGAUUUGUCAUAUCUGAAAUGAAAGAAACGCACAUAACUCCUGAGAUGGCAGCACAGUUUUAUAAAACUCACGAAGGACAACCAUUUUUUGAUGACCUUGUGGCUUAUAUGUCUAAAGGGCCAUCAAUGGUAAUGAUUCUAACCAAAGAAAAUGCUGUAGAGGAAUGGCGAGAGUUAAUGGGACCAACAGAUCCAGAUAAAGCCAAAGAAACUCAUCCUAAUUCAUUGCGUGCUAAAUUUGCAAGAGAUAUUUUGAGCAAUGCUGUUCAUGGAUCAUCGAAUGUAGAUCAUGCUAUAGAAAGCAUUAAUUUUGUCUUUGGAGAUGUUGACUUGGAAAGCCUAAAGCAGAAAUAUGUUUAUGUGUAA